AUCUCUAGCGCGUUUUCGGUAAAAGUGGAGAAAAUAAAAAGCAUUGUUCGCCGGAUUUUAAAUAAAACAUCACAGAGGAAUAUCUAGCAGCAUCAUGCCUACAGAGGACUUCUACUUGCGCUAUUACGUGGGCCACAAGGGCAAGUUCGGCCACGAGUUCUUGGAGUUCGAGUUCCGGCCGGACGGCAAGCUGCGCUAUGCCAACAAUUCCAACUACAAAAACGACACCAUGAUCCGCAAAGAGGCCUUCGUGCAUCAGUCCGUGAUGGAGGAGCUGAAGCGCAUCAUUAUCGACUCGGAGAUUAUGCAGGAGGACGAUCUGCCAUGGCCGCCACCAGACCGCGUUGGCCGCCAGGAACUGGAGAUCGUCAUCGGCGAUGAACACAUCUCGUUCACAACCUCGAAGACCGGCUCGUUGGUUGACGUGAACCGAUCGAAGGACCCCGAGGGACUGCGCUGCUUCUACUACCUAGUGCAGGAUCUCAAGUGCCUGGUCUUCUCACUCAUCGGCCUGCACUUCAAGAUCAAGCCCAUAUAAGCGAUACAUUCGAUUGUAAGCCUAAGCCUAUUUAACAGACGCAUUAUUUUUGGUAAUGAUCCUCUACAAAUACUUGUACCCGUAUUAGCUAUAAUGACAUCAUACUCUUGUGUACAGUUUGAGAAGUCUGGAUAAGUGAAAGAAUUCAACAAAAUGAAUAAAUACCGACAAUGAAGUAUGA